ACUUCGGCCGUGAGCCCCGCCGCCCCCGCCAUCGCGCUCCCGCCGCCGCCUUGGCCACCGCCCCCGGGGCCGCCUGUCAGCAAUGCCUGCUCGGCCACGCCCCCCGCACGACACUGUCGGGAGGCGCGCCUGCCGGAAGUGAGCGUGAAGGCGGCUUUCACCCUAGCUCCACUGUCUUUUUAGCGUCGGAAGGGCAGCCCUAGUGGGAGAGAGAAAAAGGAUCCGGCAGCGGCUCUUACGCGUCCCGGGGCUGCUAGUCACUCUCUCGGCCGGUAACGCGGUGCUUUACGGCUGCCGUCAAGCGCGGCGCUGGGCCGGCGGGCGGGGGCCGAGGGGCUGCCAUGGCGGCGGCGGGCCGGCUGCCGAGCUCCUGGGCGCUCCUGUCGCCGCUCCUCACGGGGCUUGCACUGCUGGGAGUCGGGCCGGUCCCAGCGCGGGCGCUGCACAACGUCACGGCCGAGCUCUUUGGGGCCGAGGCCUGGGGCACCCUUGCGGCUUUCGGGGACCUCAACUCCGACAAGCAGACGGACCUCUUCGUGCUGCGGGAAAGAAACGACUUAAUCGUCUUUUUGGCAGACCAGAAUGCACCCUAUUUUAAACCUAAAGUAAAGGUAUCUUUCAAGAAUCACAGUGCAUUGAUAACAAGUGUAGUCCCUGGGGAUUAUGAUGGAGAUUCUCAAAUGGAUGUCCUUCUGACAUAUCUUCCCAAAAAUUAUGCCAAGAGUGAAUUAGGAGCUGUUAUCUUCUGGGGACAAAAUCAAACGUUAGAUCCUAACAAUAUGACCAUACUCAAUAGGACUUUUCAAGAUGAGCCACUAAUUAUGGAGUAAGUAUGUGCUAGCUUCC